CUGGGGUUACCUGCGGGGCAGGGGCGGGAUUGGGGUGCGCGGCGGGGCCGGGUGGCCGGAGCGCGCCCUUGGGUUGAGGCCGAUUCGAGCGGCAGAGCGGCUGGGAGAGCCGAAGAGCCGGUGCGGAGAGGGCUUUGGCUGGGGACCCGCUAGGCCUUGUGACCCACUUUAUUCCUGUCACAACUCGGGCACGUUUGGAGCGGCGCCCAAUGGGGCGCCGGGACGGCCAGCUCCUCCGGGGAACCCCCGCCUUCCCGGCACCCGGCCCGCGCGCCGCAGCCCGCAGUCCGAGCGGCGGCCGCCGCCGCCCGUGGGCUGGUUCCGUUAGUGGUCGCGGUUCCGGGGCUGGGUCCCCGGGGAACGCGCUACUCCUCGCGUCCGACUGGAGCCGCUGCGCGGGUUCGAACGCUCCCGGGGCGGCGCCGGUCUUCCUUCCUUGAGUCCACCCGCGCCCGCCCGCUCCGGGUCACCACGGCGGCUUAUUCUUAUGGAAACCUUUUCGCCUGCGAAGCUGGACUCUAGCUAGUCCUGGUGUGCUGGCCCCGGGAGAGUAAUUUCCGACGCGUAGCGCCGCAGAGCUUACAUUCUUGAGUGCGUUUUCGCUGGUGUACAAGUCCUGUUGCUAAUAGCAGAAUCCUGACAGUGAAAGAAAAGCACUAGAAGGAACUUUUAGUCAUUGUUGAUUUGGCCGUUACGCUGAUGCCCCAAUCAAAAAAAGUCCAUAAAUACUGAGUGUCAUUUUGAUGAGAUUUUAUGAAAUGAACACUUGUUUAACUAAUACGAAUACCAAGGUCAAGAUAUAGAACAUUUUCAUCAAUCCUGGAGCCUCCUUCAUGCCCCCUGACAGUCAUCAUGCUCUCCCAAAGAAUUCUGAGACUGACAGUCAGCCAUACAGAAGAAUAUAUUGAACUUACAGUUUUCUGAAGACUCAGUUCAAAGAUCUCAGAAAUACAAAAGGAGAAGUACAAAUGUCUACCACAAGACGAAAACGUAACAUGUUAUGUUGUUUACCGUAAGCUGUAGUAAAAUGAGCUCACUUGUUGACAGAGAUGAUGGUAGUAUUUUUGAUGGGUUGGUGGAAGAAGAUGACAAGGACAAAGCAAAAAGAGUAUCUAGAAACAAAUCUGAAAAGAAACGUAGAGAUCAGUUUAAUGUUCUCAUUAAAGAACUGGGAUCCAUGCUUCCUGGUAAUGCUAGAAAGAUGGACAAAUCUACUGUUCUACAGAAGAGCAUCGAUUUUUUACGAAAACAUAAAGAAAUCACUGCACAGUCAGACGCUAGUGAAAUUCGACAGGACUGGAAACCUACAUUCCUUAGUAAUGAAGAGUUUACACAAUUAAUGCUAGAGGCUCUUGAUGGUUUUUUUUUAGCAAUCAUGACAGAUGGAAGCAUAAUAUAUGUGUCUGAGAGUGUAACUUCAUUGCUUGAACAUUUACCAUCAGAUCUUGUGGAUCAAAGUAUAUUUAAUUUUAUCCCAGAGGGGGAACAUUCAGAAGUUUAUAAAAUACUCUCUACCCAUCUGCUGGAAAGUGAUUCAUUAACCCCUGAAUAUUUAAAAUCAAAAAAUCAGUUAGAAUUUUGUUGUCAUAUGCUUCGAGGAACAAUAGACCCAAAGGAACCAUCUACUUAUGAAUAUGUGAAAUUUAUAGGAAAUUUCAAAUCUUUAAACAGUGUAUCCACUUCAGCACACAAUGGUUUUGAAGGAACAAUACAACGCACUCAUAGGCCUUCUUAUGAAGAUAGAGUUUGUUUUGUAGCUACUGUCAGAUUAGCUACACCUCAGUUCAUCAAGGAAAUGUGCACUGUUGAAGAACCCAAUGAAGAGUUUACAUCUAGACAUAGUUUAGAGUGGAAGUUUCUAUUUCUAGAUCACAGGGCACCACCCAUAAUAGGAUAUUUGCCAUUUGAAGUUCUGGGAACAUCAGGCUAUGAUUACUAUCAUGUGGAUGACCUAGAAAAUUUGGCAAAAUGUCAUGAGCACUUAAUGCAAUAUGGAAAAGGCAAAUCGUGUUACUAUAGGUUCCUGACCAAAGGACAGCAGUGGAUUUGGCUUCAAACUCAUUAUUAUAUCACUUACCAUCAGUGGAAUUCAAGGCCAGAGUUUAUUGUUUGUACUCACACUGUAGUAAGUUAUGCAGAAGUUAGGGCUGAAAGACGACGAGAACUUGGCAUUGAAGAGUCUCUUCCAGAGACAGCUGCUGACAAAAGCCAAGAUUCUGGGUCUGAUAAUCGUAUAAAUACAGUCAGUCUCAAGGAAGCGUUGGAAAGGUUUGAUCACAGCCCAACUCCUUCUGCUUCCUCCCGGAGUUCAAGAAAAUCAUCUCACACAGCAGUCUCAGACCCUUCCUCUACACCAACAAAGAUCCCAACAGAUACUAGCACUCCUCCCAGACAACAUUUACCAGCUCAUGAGAAGAUGGCACAAAGGAGGUCAUCAUUUAGUAGUCAGUCUAUAAAUUCCCAGACUGUUGGUCAGUCAUUAACACAGCCUGUGAUGUCUCAAUCUGCAAAUUUACCAGUUCCGCAUGGCAUGUCCCAGUUUCAGUUCUCAGCUCAGUUAGGAGCCAUGCAGCAUCUCAAAGACCAAUUGGAGCAACGGACUCGGAUGAUAGAGGCGAAUAUUCAUCGGCAACAAGAAGAACUAAGAAAAAUUCAAGAACAGCUUCAAAUGGUCCAUGGUCAAGGGCUGCAGAUGUUUUUGCAACAGUCAACCCCUGGAUUGAAUUUUGGUUCUGUUCAACUUUCUUCUGGAAAUUCAACUAAUAUCCAGCAGCUUGCACCUAUAAAUAUGCAAAGCCAGGUUGUUCAAACUAACCAGAUUCAAAGUGGAAUGAAUACUGGACACAUUGGCACAACUCAGCAUAUGAUACAACAGCAGACUUUACAAAGUACAUCAAGUCAGCAGAGUCAACAGAAUGUACUGAGCGGGCACAGUCAACAAACAUCUCUUCCCAGUCAGACGCAGAGCACUCUUACAGCCCCACUCUACAACACUAUGGUGAUUUCUCAGCCGGCGGCCGGAAGCAUGGUCCACAUCCCAUCGAGUUUGCCCCAAAACAGUUCCCAGAGUGCUGCAGUAACUACAUUCACUCAGGACAGACAGAUCAGAUUUUCUCAAGGUCAGCAACUUGUGACCAAAUUAGUAACCGCUCCUGUAGCCUGUGGGGCGGUCAUGGUACCUAGCGCGAUGCUUAUGGGUCAGGUAGUGACUGCCUACCCCACCUUUGCUCCACAACCUCCGCAGUCGCAGACACUGUCAGUCACGCAGCAGCAGCAGAGUUCCCAGGAACAGCCGCUCCCUUCAGUUCAGCAACCAUCUCAGGCUCAGCUGACUCAACCACCGCAGCAGUUUUUACAGACUUCUAGGUUGCUCCAUGGGAACCCUUCAACUCAGCUUAUCCUCUCUGCUGCAUUUCCUCUACAGCAGAGCACUUUCCCUCAGUCACAUCACCAGCAACACCAGUCGCAGCAACAGCAGCAACUGAGUCGGCACAGGACUGAAAGUUUGACGGAUCCUUCCAAGGUUCAACCACAGUAGCGCACACGCAUCCUCUCUGCCCUCAAGGGAGGAUGGGAGUGGUCCAUAAAGAGUUGCUUGGAUGAUCUAAGGAUAUGAUGAAAAGUUCCAGCGGUUUCAUGGGAUGCAAUACUGAGUGUUCUAGUUCCUGGAAUUAGUUAGCAGGGAAAAUGCUGCCUAGCACUGCAGAUGUACAUUAAAUACCAGCCAGCAGGAGGUGAUCAUAGGGCCACAGCCAAUUCUGACAGUGUUUUACUUGCCCAGAUAUUUUUUAAUGGAAAAAGAGUAUAUUGCCAAAUGUUAAGAAGCUCAGCUAUGAAACAGGACCUCCAGUGAAUCAGAAAGGCACUAAUAACAUUAGUAACUUUGAGUGGUUCUGUGCCUGUUUUCAAGUGUUACAGAGGACACACCACUGCCAUCCAUGUCAGGGGUUUGCUUACGAUGAUGCCAUGAAGACAGUCCAGUAGACUCAGUAGACCCCCUUCCCUUUUCAGAUAAUGAUGGAAUAGUAAUUAAUUUCAGAAUGUUGUGUGGGUUCAAAUUCUCUAUGUACAGAUGCUGUAAAAAUAAUACUAUGUAUAUGUCUGGAUAAAAGGAGAGAAAGCAAAACAUUUUGUAUGCUGCAUGAAAGCAUUAUCUCUUCCUUUAGGUAUGAGUACAUUUCCUUAGAUUCUGAUGCCAUGUGCAGACUAAUACAUCCUCUUUUCCCUUUUGUUUACAGUGCGGUAGUGUUCUAUUCACUCUUCCGGGGCACAAGUCUUUUUUUUGGUUCAUACUUUGACUGUGAUGUCACAGUUUGUUCAGUGAGGUAUGAUGUGCUGCUGGGAAUGGAGUUGUUGUUUUUUUUUUUUUUUUUUUUUCAGGUUAAAUUAUUUGAAACAGGAUUUUCAAGUUACUCAGAAAUAUCCUUCAUUUUAUUAUUCUUCAAUUAUGUUUAAGAAUAGGAUUUGCACUGCUUUAUUUUAAGAUGGUUGGGAGUUUUGAGCACAUAUUUUGAUCUAGUUCCUAGUUGGAAAUAGUUGUGUAAACGGUUUUUAACAAGCUUGACAGUUAUUUCAAGUAUGUUUCAGUUAUAGAAGUGAAUUUGCACACAAAAUAUUUUAGGCACUUUUUAAUGUUCUCACUGGUGGGAAUUUUAACUUUUAGGAUUUGUUGGAAUCUUUUUAUUAUCCUCCACAGUUUCAGUGCUUCUUUUAGUCAGAAAUGAUUCAGGGUUAUUUGAGGGGAAAAAAAAAAAAGAAAAAACAACCCAUAGUGCCUUGAUUUUCAUUCAGGUGAUUACUCACCAUCUUAAACUCAUUGUCUAGUUUCAGUAGCAGUUUUGAAAUCUUGGUACAUUUUUAAUAGCAUGUGGGUGUCAGCACCAUUAAGUUCCUAAUGAAGACUCUCUGAGUCUCUUGGAUUAGAGGUACAAAUAAUUUCAAAAUAAAAGAUAACAUCCUGGUGACACUAUCAGAGUUACUAUUGGAUCACAAAGUUGUUUUUCUAAAUCAGCAUUUUCCUUAGAUUUAUGUAUUCAUUUAGGAAUUACCAGUAAAUAUUUUCUCAAUGUGAUCUUAAAAUCCUACAAAGACAAAAGAAGGGUUAGGGAUUGGCUUUACCUUCACUAUAGUGCUAGAAUCUUGUAACUCACGUGCUUUAUAAACAUGAACUAAGAUUUCGUUUGGUGAUACCAUAUUCUAAAGGUAGUAAGUUCCAACCAGAAUUGCAUACAUUAAAAAAAGCAUUUUAUAGAUUCUAUGGUACUAAUAAUUAAAUUUAUAACUAGAGAACAAAGGAAAAUUAAUGGGAAAAUAUCUUAUUGGCUAUCAAAAAUUAUUACUGAGGAAAGGGAAGAUAGCAAGCUGUAAGAAAUCAAAAUUAACCUUAAAAGAAAACGUGUAACAGAAUUGAGGUUGUUAAAAGAUUUUGGCAAUGAAAAUAAUACAGAAUUGCUAGAUAAAGGUGUCAGGGGAACUCUCAGUUGGUUCUAAGACUUUUCUGUUCUUAGCUUUGCUAUCAUCCUUAAGGGAUAUACUUUAUCUUUCUGUAGAAAAUCAUACCUGGCCACACUUAAACUAGAAAAUUCAUGUUGAAAGAAAACAACCAAAGAAAGUUGGUACCUACCCUUCUACAAAAGAAGUGUUACUAGAUGCCAAUCAGUAAUUAACAUAUCAAGGAGCUCCUCUUCUAGCUAAAUGACCAUCCAGAAGAGAUUUCUGACUUUGUCAUGAAUGUCAGGAAUAGAUGUCAGAAUAUGUGUGUACUUAAGCAUAUGCCCACAGUGGACAACGUUGAUGUUGUAGAGCAUGGCAACAGUAUUUUUUUUCCCCCUUCAAACUUGCCUUUCCUAACCUUAUCAUGCCAUUCCAUAUAUUCUGAGUUGUGCCUCAUCUAUUUAUUGGCAAUAUAUAGUGAUAUGGAUUUAGCAAACAAAAGGUAUGAAGAACUAUUAUAUUAUGGUUUAUCUUCCAAGUCCCGUAUGUGAAAAGAAAGAUGGUGAACCAUGAGUACUGUGUACUCAGUUUAACACAAGCAAAGUGUAAGACAAGCCACAAGGUAAAUUUGUAGACAGUUCAUUCACAUUCUCCUCUCCCUGUCCCUUCAAGUAUUUUUCCAUCCUCAAAUAUUUAGGAAAGCAAAUUAGACAAGAUUUUGCUUUAUAAUUCCUGUUGUUCUCACAGCUCACUUUUUUCCUGCUUAGAAAUGGUUGCUACAUUUAAAGGAGCAGCUGGCUGCUUUUCAUUUGCUGUCAGAAUGAAGUGUUGUGUCAGAAGAGCUAGUAACUGCCUCUCAGCUCCUUCUUUAACUUUGUUUUCCUCCUGCUUCCCUGGAACUUGGACCGCAAAGCGGUUCCUGCCCCUUCCUCCAUGAACCGAGACUUGAGCAUCCUGAUGGAAGAUUCAGCAGUUGCCUGUAAUUCUUUCAUUUCUGUAGCCAAAGCUGUUAAUUGAAAUCCAAAUCUUAGUCAUGAAAAAAUACCAAAUAGGAACACUUUUCUGCUACUUAAAAAUCUUAUCUUCCCUCUUCUUUACUCUCAUAGAUAUUACAUUUUUCUUAAACAAACAAAAAAACACCAAAAAAAACCCCCUUUUUUUCUGGGUGGCAAUUGUUAGGUGUUAGCUGCUUUGAACUGCUGUAGCCUUGGGUGAGUCACUAUUGUUUUUAAACUACCAGUGAGGAUUAUAAGGAUUAAUAAAGUUGCUGCUGAGAGUGGUGUCAAAGCAGAAUCAAGACACUUACAAGUACUUUAUUAUUUGAGUGAAAAUAUUGGUGGAAAAGCAUAUGCGGGGGACAGGGGGUAACAUAUAAGUAAAUAACUAUAGUUCGGUCUCCCAACUCUGUCCCAAGUUGAAGGGGGAAUUUGAGUUCUGUGCUCUAUCACUUAAAUGUGGUUUAAGAAUGUACUAGCAAUAAAGGGAUGCCAGUAACUUUGAAUAGUUUGUUACAGAGUACUCAAUGCAGAUUAGUGAAAAUGUUACUGGAAUUUUUCAAAAGUGCUCGGGUUGAUGGUCAUUGCCUUAAAGCAUUCUGCUUGCAGUUAGUUACGGGCACUGUGUCUUGAAGGGAGAUGAACCCUUGUUCAAGAAGCCUUAGAAAGGGGCCCCUUAAAAUAGAACUCGUUUGCCUGCUCUACACAGACAGGGGAAAAUUAUUUUAAACUGGAUAUUACUCAACAAGUUUUAAAAUAUUUCCACUACAUUGAGGUAAACUAUUUUUUUUUUAAAGUGGACUGCAAAUAACAUUUUGCUCUGGUAUUGCACAUUUUUACUUUUUUUUCUGUAUUUCUUUGGUGAUUGAAAGUUUGUUGACGAACAUUUGUGUAAAACUCAUUCACGUCUAUAACCUUUCCAAUAUCUGUGACCCUGUUCUUAGUCCCUCGGGAGUCAGUGUUGGAAGGUAUAAACACUGGAUAUUACUAUUGCUGAGUGAGUCUAGCCAGAAAUAAGCUGAUGGGAAUUUUUAAACGGAGGAAAAGAAACAGCACAAAGGCACUUGCCAUUUUUAGUGAUCAGAGAAAAAGAGUCUUUUUUUGUUUGGGGCGGGUGAGCAUUCUUCUAAAAGGAGCUUCUGAAGUAGUUGCAAAGGAAAAGAUUUGACUAUUUUUAUAGUAUAUUUAAUAUAUUUGUAUAUAACUAUGAAUAUAAUAGGAACCCUUCACACGCCUCCCACUUUUCUAGUUUACUUCCCCUUUUGCCAUAGCACUAGCAUAGCCUCAUCCGCAUGGGUACCGUGCCUAUUGUCAGCCUACCAAAAGAUAGUGCUGCUGCUUUCUAAGACAGGUGAGAAGACCCAACUCUCAUGCCUGGGGAUCCUUUAUGUAGGAAUAGCACACACUUUGCAGAUAUCACACCACAGUCGAAAAGCAUCAUUUUGAAAGGUAACAAGCACUUUAUUGCAAUUAAUCAUUUUGAUAAAGUUUAUUAUCUUAGAUAUUACCAUUUCUAAAGGAUCCCCAACUCAUCACUUAGGUGAAAUUUUUAAAUGACAUUUCUGAGAAAUGUUUAGAUCCAGUGAACCAUAGUAGGUUUAAGGGAGUGAUUUCAAGGUAGCCAAAUGAACUUUGACUUUUGUUUUGAAUGUGGUAGAGUCAAGGGAUUGUAGAUGCCUAGUUCCAUUUAGACACUAUUGUAAACCUAUCUUGCCUAUUGUGUGGACACCAAAAGAGACCAAUGAGCCUGUUUGUUUUCAGAGGUCUAGGAGAAUUGCAUCAGUGUGAAAUAGAUGUAUAGAACUAACCUAAAAGUGAUUGGUAGUCAUAUUUUAGAAUACAGUAAUUUCAAGAAUUAUUCUGAGUGUUUUAAAUGUGCUCUGAAAUGUUGGCAUGUCAUUUCAGUGUUUCCAUUUGAAUUGCUCUUGUAAUGAAUGUUUUUUGCACAAAAUGAACUGAGAAAUACUACUUUGGUUGAAGAAAAGGAAAAAAAUAAUUUGGUCAUAUUUUAAUGUCUCCUGUGGAAACACUGGGGGGUGAAUUUUGUUGGUACAGUUAUUUUCAGGAUAUUUGAAACAGUAUUGAACAGCUCACAAAUUAAGCAACCGUGAAUGGAUUGAAAAAUUAAAACUUUCCAUGUGACUGUUUUGCAUACUUUAUCCCCAUGUCAUAAUUUAACACUACAUUCCUUGUUUUUCUUAAAUAAAAUAACUUUGCAGGUUCUGUUUUUGAGUAUUUAGCAAGUUAUUUUCUAAGCUGCCCUGGUUUUCCUAGGGAAAACGUUCUUAGGUGAAAUAGGAUAUAGUUUAUGAAAAGACAUUAAAUGAAAUCCCAUCACCACCACCAGCAAACACUGAGGUGCUGCAUUAAGUGACAAUCAAAAUAGUAUUUAUAGGAGAACUGAGAAAAGGGUUUUUAAAGGAGCAGUUGCUUUGAAAGUAGUUGUCUGGGUUUCUUGAAUAAAAAUGGCUAAAUGUAUUUAUUUAUAUUUUUAAAUAUCUUUGCGUUCCGUUUCCUCAUCAGCGUGAUUUCAGUGUCGUGUAUUUAAUUGUGGUUUGUUUUGUUCUGCCUCGUAAUCUGUGCAGAGGACUGGCUCUGCCUCCUGGGGGGUGUGUGUGGGCCUCAGCCCUCGUGACGCCUCUUGGUGGCGCUCUGAAUCUGUUCCACUUCAGCACAGCGGUGGAGCCCAGCCCAGGUGCCCCCAAGGCUCCCCUCCUGUUCUCAACUUAGUUAAGAAAAAGUAAAAGUAACGCCAACUGUUUUCUAGUUUCACUUGCUGCCUUUUCUAUUUAACGGGCACUUUUUAUAUAACUUCCCCAACGCAGCCAAAGGCCAGUAUGACAGAACCCAUGGCACGCGUUGCCUGUUUUGCCCAUUUGGAAAAUGUUAUUAAAACAAUCAGCAUCUUCUAAUGGCCAUCACUCAUAUUCAUAUUAAAAUCCAUCUACAGUCCUUAAAUAUAGGUGGAACAAUGUAUAAAUACUGCAAACUCUUCUACAAAGAAAAAUAAUGUGUGCUGUCUGUUAUAUAUAGUGUAAUGUUGCUUGGUCCUUUAAAACCAAAGCCAAACCAAACGUUCCUACACAGCACUGUCCAAUAAAAGCAGUGUUUGAACAUCUAAAGCCUAGAAAUUUGAGGAUACUUAUUGCUGGUCUGCAUUGGAACAGAAUUCUCCACCUUAGGGCUCUUGAGUCCCACAGGCAACGUCCAGAGUGCACUUUAGCUUUGGGAUCCCUUAGAGAACGGUAAUUAAAACAAGUGAACCACAAGUUGGAUUUAAUGAUGUAAAAAGUGUUUCUUGACUCUUUAAGGGUUAAAUUGGAGAGCUCAUGUUUUUAAAUGUAUGCUUUUAAGUUUCUGAGGAAACAAACUGUGACAUCACUUUAAAAGUGACAUUCAGACGUUUUAUGAUGUGUGUUUUGAGUUGGCCUGUACUGGUGCAGAUUCACCACUGGCAAUGGUUGUGCCAAUACUAAAGACUUAAAAUGUAGGAGAAGCUAUAUUGUGUUCAGGUGGAUGUAUUAUGUAACCAGACAAUCAUCAAGCAAAAAGAAAAAAAACUGGCCAGGAAAUGUCGUUUUCCUUUAUAGAUGUCAGCCAGCCAGAACAGCUGUCAUUUAGAUCAUCCUGGAAUCACUUUGAGAUCUGUUUUAUCAUGGUGUAAGUUGGGGAAGGUCCUCAGUAUGGCACUUGCACAUUCAUUCUAUGUAAAGACUGAAGCCCAAAGACGAGUAAAAUUCAGUGCUGUAUUGAAACCAGUUAGUGCAAAAAAAAAAAAUUUUUUUUUAUCUCUGUAAAUCUUUAAUUGUUAACAUCAGUUGGUAGUUGUAAAAACACACACCAAAUUAUUUCUAAUGUUCUGUGUGGUUCUUAGUGUGCUACUCUUGACAUUGAUAUGUCCUUACUGCUUGGUUCUUGGUUUAAAAUUAAAAUUAGAUAUAGCCUGUCAUUCUUCCUUCUGAAAGGGUGGAGCUGUAAAUGGCUAAGAAUACCUAUUUUUCCUAAAGCAAACAUUUCAUUAAAAUCCAGAUUGAUAUACAAAAAAACAAGGCUGACAUUUCCCAAGUAAUGUCUUCAGCCCGAACCCUAAAAUGCACAGAAGCACGAUGGGUAAUGUUUUAACGGUGCUAUAAUAGGUUCUCUGCUGAUCUUCACCUGUUUGGAAAUACAGUAUUGUAUAAAAUGUGGAUCAUUUUGUUACCAAUUUAAUAUUGCCAUUCUGAUUUGGUGUUUAAAUUGGUUACACUUGUUUCUCAGAGCUAUCCUUUGAGAAGAGUGUAAAGUGUGUUAUUAGCCUACCUCCACUCAGGCCUCUUGCUGUAUUGACCAUUUUUCCAGGUUAUCAUGUGCAGUUUUUAAAAACUAUAUGUUCUCUAUUAUAAUGCUUUUUCCCAUAGACUCCUGUAAUGUAUUCAGAACCUAAAAUGACAACGAAAAGAGCCAAGCAGUAGCAUUUGUUUUUUUUAUAAAUGUAAAAAUUAGAUUCACUUUGUUUCCUAUUCAGUUUUAAAAAUAAAAAUACCUCAGUGCUGUGUUUCCCAGUAUCACCUACAUUUCUCAAUUUAACACCUGCUUUAUGUGGCACAUAACUUGUAAGAAUCACAUUAUUUUGGAUUUUAAAGAAUAUUAAAUAUUUUAAAAUCA